AUGGUGAGACUCCAGGAGCAGCUGAAGUAUUUUGUACACAACAAGCUGUCCACUGACAAGCUGUGGCAGAAUGUCAGAGUCUACCUGUCAGGCCAUGAGACUCCUGGUGAGGGUGAGCACAAGAUCAUGGAGUUCAUACGCUCUGAAAGUGCCAGACCUGAUCAUGACGUCAACACCCGACACUGCCUGUACGGCUGGAUGCUGACCUGGUACGUCUCUAUCGUGCUGGGUCUGACCAGCCACCAGCCUCAUUUCUGUCUGCUCAGAGAGGAAGUACGCUUUGGAGGAAGGAAGUCACAGAAAAGGAUUAGUGCUCCAGAAGAGACAACCUUCCAUCUGCUUCACUUGUCUCUGAUGAGAGAAUACAUCGACUACGAGUUCUCUGCACUGAAGAGUCCAAUGGGGUCAGACUACGACCUGGAGAGGAUCAUAGAUGAUUGGAUCCUGAUGACUUUCCUGGUGGGCAACGACUUCAUCCCUCAUCUUCCUCACCUGCACAUCAACCAUGAUGCUCUACCACUGCUCUACCACACAUACAUCUCUGUGCUGCCUACCCUGCAUGGUUAUUUGAACGAGAAUGGCAACCUGAACCUGGGAAACUUUGAGAGAUACUUGGAAAAACUGUCUGAGUUUGAUCGUGAACACUUCAGCCAUGUCUUCGUGGACCUGAAGUGGUUUGAGAGCAAGGUGGGCAACAAGUACCUGAACCAGGCUGCUGGUCUUGCGGCAGAGCAGGAAGCGGCCAAGGAGGAGGUGUCUGUGACAUCAUCACCUCAGGUGUUGGGAGGCGGGGUCAAGGAGGAGGAGGAGGAGGAAGAUGACCUCUUUGAAACAGAGUUCAGACAGUACAAGCGCACCUACUACAUGACCAAGAUGGAGGUGGACGUGGUGUCUGAUGAGUUCCUAGCACAGCAGGCCAGAUGUUACGUGGAAGGUCUCCAGUGGAUCCUUCACUAUUAUUACCAUGGAGUCAAAUCCUGGAGCUGGUACUACCCCUACCACUACGCACCUUUCCUGUCCGACAUCAAGAACAUAGCACAGCUGCACUUGACCUUUGACCUGGGGAAACCCUUCCUGCCCUUCCAGCAGCUGUUGGCAGUCCUGCCUGCUGCUAGCAUGGAGCUGCUACCUGAAUGCUACAGGCCCCUGAUGAGCAGUGAAGAUUCACCCAUCAUUGACUAUUACCCAACUGACUUCAAAACAGACCUGAAUGGCAAGCAACAGGAGUGGGAGGCCAUUGUUCUCAUCCCCUUCAUCGAUGAGAGACACCUGCUGGCAGCCAUGGACAUGUGCAAUGACAAGAUGCGCAGAGAAGAACGUGAGAGAAACCAUCACAAAGAGUGUGCUCUCUACGUCUACAAUGCAGACAUAGACUUCACUUACUCCUCCUCCCUGCCUCACAUCUUCCCCCACAUGCAGCACUGUCACGUCAGGACACAAAACAUUCCUAUGGACGCCUGGCAAGUUCCACUCAAACACCUUUACAGGACUGUGGACCGCUCAGCCACAUACUUCUGUGGUUUCCCCACGCUGCAACACAUCAAACAUAAGUUCCACAUGAAGAAGUGCGGGGUGGUGGUGUUCCAGCAGAGCAGCAGAGGUGAGAACAUGAUGUUGAGCAUCCUCCCUCCUCCACAAGAAGACACCCUGUGUGAGCACGUGGCUGAGCGAGUGCUGGGCAGGUGUGUGUUUGUCAACUGGCCACACCUGGAGGAAGCUCGCAUCAUCGCUGUGUCUGAUGGAGAAAGCAAGUUCUACCUGCAGGAAGCAGCAGGUGUGCAGAGGGUGUAUGACACACCUCCACCCACACAAGUCUCCUUCCUGUCAGACAAGGAGCAGAGAGACUGGGAGAAAGAUGUCCAAGGCAUCACUGAAGAUUUGGUGAAGAAGAAAGGCAUCCAGGUGAACGAGACCUCGGUGCUUCUGUACGGCCAGCUGCUGACAGGAAGGAAGUUUGUGCCUAAAGGCGGUGGUGUGGUGGAGCUGGAGAAGCAAUGGUCCAAACAAGUCAUUCCCUUUGCCUACCAGACUGUGGUCAAGGACAUCAAGGCCUUUCAUUCCUCCUUGAGCACCUUCAGCAGCCUAGAAGAACUAUUCCCUCCUCACACCACCGUCUUCAUGGUGGCCAACCCCUACUACGCCGCCAUGGGAGAGGUGCAAGACUCCAGUGAUGUCAUCAAAGAAGGUCGUAUACGUGUGGUCUUCAACGUGCCGCAUGAACCACAACUGGAGGCUCUCAUCCACAACCAGCAUAAGUACAGUGUGAAGUACAGUCCUGGGUAUGUGGUGGCGUCCCGUCUGGGUAUGACCAGCUACCUGGUGUCGCGCUUCUCCGGCAGCAUCUUCAUCGGCAGAGGCAGCAAAAAGAAUCCAUGUGGCGAGCAGAAAGCCAACGUGGGCCUCAACCUGAAGUUCAACAAGAAGAACGAGGAGGUCCCCGGCUACACCAGGAGGACCGAGAAGGAGUGGCUCUACUCCGCCGCCGUGGAGGAGCUUUUGGCAGAAUACCUGGACAGGUUCUCCGAGGUGUUUGACGCCGUGUCCAGGAACUCUCAUGACGACGUGUUCUACGAAGACGACGUCUGGCCGGCGGAGGACCAGAACGGGGCAGAGAAGGUGUCAGAGAUCACCACGUGGCUCAAAGGUCACCCUGUCAGCUCCGUCAGCAGGGCGUCAUGUGACCUGCAGGUGCUGGACGCUGCCAUCGUGGAGAAAAUUGAGGAGGCGGUGGAGAAGUCCAAGGUGAAGAAGAGCACCAAGAAAGUCCGAGUCACUGUCAAGCCACACCUCCUCUUCAGGCCCCUGGAGCAGCAACAGGGGGUGGUCCCAGACCCCAAUGCCGAGUACCGCCUGUUUGACCGUGUCAUCAACACCCGAGAGAGCUUCACGGUGCCACUGGGUCUGAGAGGAACGGUCAUCGGCAUCAAAGGAGCUGAGCGUGAGGACGAGGUUCUCUACGAGGUUCUGUUUGACGAGGACUUCUCUGGUGGCCUCAACAUCAGGUGCACGUCGCCUCGUUGUUACCGCCUGCCGCCCAGCGCUCUGAUGAACGUGUCCCAUGGCGGCCGAACAGAUCCCAGCUCGCACAAACUCACCGCCAUCGUCAAACCUCAGCCUGCCGCCAACUUCUACUCUCAGCAGCAUGUGGGGAACCUCAACCACUCGCCACGCUCGCCCUUUGUCGCCACACAGCACAACAAGCACGCUGCUCCUCAAGGCAGCUCCACUUCUAAGGUUCCGAUCCACAAACAACAAGCCAAGAGUAAAGAGGCGUACACUGAUGUGUGGCAAACUCUGCACAAGUCUGCUCCUCCUCAACAUCCUCCUGCCCACUGGCAAAAUCAUACUUCAAUGGCUCCCAUCAGACUGUUGAAGAAAAAUGAAGAUCUAGAUUUGCUCAACAGCGACUCCAAGGUCAACUCUUCUAAACCAUCGCUGGAGUUUGAGGAGCUUUUAGCCAGCCUGAAGAUCUCCAAGGAGAGCCAGGAGCCUGCAGACCUUCCUGCACCUGUUCCUGGACCUGCACCUGCUACUGCACCUGUUCCUGUUCCUGCACCCUGCAGCCAGUCAGACCAGCCCUUGUCCCCACAGUCCUUUGCCCUGAAGGGCACCAUGGUGCUGAAGGAGAUGUUGAAGAUAGACAACAGUCACCAGAAGGAACAACAAGUGUGUGAGGCUCAGAAGAACAUGAGAAGAAGACCUAAAAAACUAGCUGCCAUGAUGAACGUUCCUCAUGGAGAUGCCUCUCCUCACCUGCCUGUCACCUGUGCCAACAACACCCUGAUGGCCAGCAAGGUGUCAGAGCUGGGGUGUGUGUGUGGGGCGCUAGACAUGGCACCUCCAGACUACACCUUCAUGCACAACACACAGGGUGUGGUGUUGUGUCAAGUCAAGCUGUCCAACGGUUUGAUCGUUCACGGACCACAGUCCCCGUCAGAGAACGAGGCCAAAGAAAAAGCUGCUUUCUUCGCCUUACAAAGAUUGAGUUCACUGGGCCCAAGCUUCCCUCUCCAAGCUCCAGUUUACCGCGGUGGCGUUGAACACCUGCAGGCUCCGCCCAUCAGAGCCAUCUUCAACCAGCCAGGUGGCUUGAUGAUGCCGCCACAGGCCUGUGGCCCCGCCCCUUUGUGGGCGGUACCUCUUCCUGCUCACCUGCACCACCAGAACCAAAACUUCUACAGAGCAGCGGGUGUGUUUCCUGUGCGGCCGCACCAUGUCGCACCUGUGGCCUCGCACCAUGUCGCACCUGUGGCCUCGCACCAUGUUGCACCUGUGGCCUCGCACCAUGUUGCACCUGUGGCCUCGCACCAUGUCGCACCUGUGGCCUCGCACAAGCAGUUCAUCCCCUUGCAGGUGACCAAGAAGCGAGUGUUGGCCAAUAAGAAGAGUCAGAAGAUCUACAGCGCCGGCCAAUCAGCAGCCAGGAGAGACCAGGACACGCCCCCUGGCCAAUCACACGCUCAGAAGCCCAGAGAAGACCAGUCGUCUCCUGGCGCAGAGGCUGUUGCCACGACAACGGCAGACCCGCCCACUCCCCCCCGGCAAAAUAAACCCUCCACUGGCCACACCCCCGGCUCCGCCUCCAAAAGGAAACAUAGGAAACUGGCCGUCAACUUUGAGUCAGGUAAAGUGUCGGAGCAGUGAUGUCAUAUCUUCAUGCAACAUGCCAACUAUAUCAACAUGCUAACUUUAGCAACAUGCUAACUCUGGCAACAUGUCAACUUGAAAAAUAUACACAUUUUAGCAACACGCUAACUUAAGCAAUAUACCAAUUUUAGCAACGUGCUUACUUUAGCAACAUGCCAACUAUAUCAACAUGCUAACUUUAGCAACAUGCUAACUCUGGCAACAUGUCAACUUGAAAAAUAUACACAUUUUAGCAACACGCUAACUUAAGCAAUAUACCAAUUUUAGCAACGUGCUUACUUUAGCACCAUGCCAACUAUAUCAACAUGCUAACUUUAGCAACAUGCUUACUUUAGCACCAUGCCAACUAUAUCAACAUGCUAAGUUUAGCAAGAUACCAACUUUUGCUACUUUUACAAAAUGUUAGCUUAAGCAACAUGUUAACUUUAACAUGCUAGCUUAAGAAACAUGUUAACUUUAACAUGCUAAUUUUAGCAACAUGUUAAAUUUAACAUGCUAGCUUUAGCAACAUGUUAACAGAAGCAACAUGUUCACUUUAGCAACAUGUUCACUUUAACAUCAUGCGAACUGUAGCAACAUGUUCACUUUACCAACAUGCUAAUUUUAACAUGUUUACUUUAGCAUCAUGCUAACUUAAACAACAUGCCAAAUUUUGCAACAUGCUAACUUUGAUCACAUGUUUAUUUGUUAUGGUAUCUUUAAGAACAUGCUUACAUUGUAGCAUCAUGCUAACUUCAGCAACAUGUUAAAACUCUAGCAACAUGCUUACUUAAGCAACAUGCUAACUUUGAUAACAUGUUUACUUCUUAUCGUCACUGUAACUUUGACAAAAUGCUAACUCUAACAACAUGCUAACAUUGUAGCAUCAUGCUAACUUUAACGUGCAUGUUAACUUUAGCAACAUGCUAACUUAAGCAACAUGUUCAAUUUUGCAAAAUGUUUACUUUAGCCAGACGCUAACUUUAGCAACAUGCUAACUUUGGCGUCACGUUCAUCUUGGCGACAUGUUUACGUGUUAGCAUCAUGCUAACUGUAAGAUUUGCUGUGUUUGACUUUUCUGUGAUGAAAAAAUGAGUUGACAAAAAGAUUUGAUUUAAAAGUGAGAAGUCGGAGAGUAGCUCCGCCCCCUCAGAGGACUAAGUUUGGAUGUAAAACAACUUCUUUGAAGACUGACUUGGUUAAAAGACUUUUUAAAGCUGCAUGAUCAGAGACUAUUUUCUUCUUUUCAUUCUCUACUUUUUUACAUUUGCUUGUCUGUGGGAGUCAAUAUUUACUCCUGACUUAGUACAGUCCAUCUUCAACAUAGUCAAUAUUUACUCCUGACUUAGUACAGUCCAUCUUCAACAUAGUCAAUAUUUACUCCUGACUUAGUACAGUCCAUCUUCAACAUAGUCAAUAUUUACUCCUGACUUAGUACAGUCCAUCUUCAACAUAGUCAAUAUUUACUCCUGACUUAGUACAGUCCAUCUUCAACAUAGUCAAUAUUUACUCCUGACUUAGUACAGUCCAUCUUCAACAUAGUCAAUAUUUACUCCUGACUUAGUACAGUCCAUCUUCAACAUAGUCAAUAUUUACUCCUGACUUAGUACAGUCCAGAAUGUUCUAGAAGCAUCUUCAUCACGUGACUAAUCAUUUUAUUUGUCUUGAUGACUUUUUAUUGAUGACUUAAUAUUUGUCCUUCUAUGUUGUACAACCUCUGAUAGUCAUGUGAUCAUGUUCAAUAAAAUGAAUCUAUGCUUUGGAAA